UGGUGCGCGCACCUUCGCGUAGGCCGUGGCGUUCUCAUGUCGAUGAAGGAUGGACAUAGAACGGGCGAUAGGCGAAAUAUAUAAACAGAGUCCGAUAAACGAGAGAGAGAGAGAGAGAGAGAGUGAGUCCGUGGGGGGAGAGCGAGCGAGCGCGGCUCUGACGAGACGCGCCAGCUAACUCCAAGCUAGUCGUCGUCGUCGCGAGAGGCGGGAGAGCUGAGACCGUGUUGAAAAGCGGUAAUUAUUAACGCUUCCUCGAUCCUGUCGAUCUGUCGGUGGACGAAGACUCGUUCGGGCGGAAUCCCUCGAAGGAACCGAGGAGCGCAUUGACGAUGAUCGAGUGUUGUCGGAUGCACAAGAUGCUCAGUGCAGCUCAACGGCACUCGACGCACCGACGGUGAAUGAUCACUGAAGUUGCCGAUAUUUUCGCGCGGCCCGGCUGUCGCUCGAUCGAUCGAUCUCGCGCGAAUUGCCGUCGGGGAGAAGCGACGAGGCCAGGCGGCACAAGGUGGUCGCGUGUUAAGUGGUCGUGUGUGUAUGUACGUGUCUCUCUGCUUGCGUGUGCGUUCCGCUGGUGUGGGUUCGCGCAGAGGUGGAACGCGCUUGUUGUGUUGUGCUCCUGUGAACUCCGCGACGCGCGUUUGUUGAUAGGGCGACUUGGCGGCCUUUCCUCGUCGGGCCUUUUCCUUCGACCGACGCGCUCCGUGAGUUUACCUUUUUUUUUAAGAUUUCGGCGCGAUCUUCGAUCACGUGCCGGCUGGCCGCUCGAAAUUGUGCGAGGUGCACAGGUGCGUGACAGCGUGCAUUUCUCAGGAAUGUUAGUGACUAAUAGGGACGUUAAAAUGACUGAAGCGAGAACAGCGAUGUUAAGAUCAUGGUGCGCGAAAUCACAUUGAGGUCGUCGGCUGUGUACGUGUGUGUGGGUAUGUAAAUCAAUGAGACAUUGAAUGUUCUUUCUAUCCUUUGCUCAGGUAAGAGCCGGGGGGGAACCUUCUGCCAGAAGACACGAGGAAGACACGAAUCCUCAUUCUUGGUGACGAGCAUUUAGCACAUUGGCAUGUCUGACGAAAAUGUCGUCGAGAAAAACUUGGGACUCCCAGUUGUGAGAUAUACAGGCACUGUCAUACUUCUGGAAGCGGGCAUUUAGGUUGAUCAUAUAUAUUUUAUAUAAUGAGGAUUAAUUAUCACCAGACAUUGAUCAGGCAGAAACUUGACAGUCAGCUAUAUAUCCUGUAUACAAGAAAUAUACGUGAUGCUGUUGUUUCCAAACUGCUUGCAGCUAUAUGACAAGCUGCACGAUGCUGAGGACUGUCCCAAUCACCAUUGUAUUGAUGCCUGUAUAAUGCUCGAAGAAUUCUGUAUAUUUGCCACAGAAUUGGCACGUCUGUGCGAGCGAGGAACAGCUGUUCCUAUGAAUGCCUCUCGCUCAUUACACGGUGAUGGAAAGGAUACUAAUCACAAAAGUGGCUCAAAGAGGAUGGCAUAUGAGGUAUUUUUGGGCGGGUCUUGCAAUCCAACCACCUGGAGGUCAGACAUAGCGAUACCGACUCUUCAGAACCUCGGAAUUACUUAUUACAAUCCUCAAGUGUCGCAAUGGGGCCCGGAACUGAUAGCUCAGGAGUACGAGGCGAAACAAACGGCGCGGGUCUUGCUGUUCGUGAUCGACAAUCAGACGCGCAAUAGCGCCGGUAUCAUCGAAGCGGCUCAACUGGCAGCUACGCGCAGCGAGUCUCUGGUUCUCGUCAUCUAUCCAUAUCGCCAGGGACAGACUAUACUCGGAGAAACUGUUUCUAUGCAAGAAUAUUACGAUUUGAUGAAUGGCUUGUUAGUACUUCAGUACCUAAUGGAGAGGCAGAGGAUACCGAUAUUCGAGAGUGUAUCAGUCGCCCUUCAUUGUACGUCCAAGAUGUUGCGCGAAGAGAUCAACGUACAAGAUUGCACGGACUUGCACACCGAGGAUGGCAUCAAACCUAUAAGAAUCUCGCUCACACAAAAUGGAACAGAUGCAGUAACGUUGCGAGAGAUCUUCAAAUCCAUGGACGUUAACGAUAGUGGCACGGUAAAGCUGGGGGAAGCUUGGGUGAUGUUGCAGUCGAACGCAAUGUGCAAUGUAUCUCUUUCCGAUCUGCUCAACACGGUGAACAAAUCCGAAAUGUGCAGGAGCUUGAUAGACGGAUUUCCGGCGAAAGGGGACCCGACGGAACUGCGAAUUAAUUUCGAGCAGUUUUGCGCCCUGGCCAGCGAGUCGUCGUGGACGCGGACGAAGAGUAACGGCGUCACUUGCGAAAGUGAGAUACCUUCAGUAUGGAAUAUAUUUUGUAGGAAGGCCUCGAAUUUCCUACGUCGAGCUAUCGUACAUCCCUUUAAUCGUUUCCUAGAUUGGACCAAUUCCUUCGUGCAGCAGGAGCCCGAGAAGAGGGAUAUUUACAUCGGUGUCGUCAAUAGAGAUCUGUUUUGGUUGGAAUCUUCCGCCGUACCGUUGCUAGAAUCAAUGAGAUUAUCUCUCUAUCGACCAAGCCUGAACGAGUACAACGUAAAGUUGUUGCCGCAAGAACUGCAAAAGAUGAAGAACUCGCGGCUGAUCCUGUUAAUAGUGCCGCAGUAUUCGCGCGGCAUCGCCAUCAUGGCGUUGGCAGCUCACUUGAUUGGACUGCGCGCUAAGCUCGUCCUCUGUGUUCAAACUCUCCCCGAGGGUACCGUCGUGACUGGCGAACAGCUGACUGAACAGGCCAGAAAAGACUACAACCGGGGGAGGAUGUACUUGUCGGACUACGCGACGCGCGAAGGUGUACCUGUUUUUCAGAAUAUCGCUGAUGCUCUGCAACACGCGAUACAAUUAGUUCAAAGUCCCUGUUGACUUAAUAUUGCUCUUUCUGUUUUACCUUUUUUUUUUUCUAUUUUUUUUUCGUACGCGAGUAGCCCCUCGGUUCGAACGACUAAUUUAUUUUUACUCUUAACUCAUGUCCAGCUACCAUUUGAGAUUCACGCGAACGCAAAUAGGUGCGAUGAUGGCGAUGACGAUGCUGCGUUAUCAUUGUUAUCACUGUAAAAUCACCACUAUCGAUUGCCACAAUUUGUGUCGUUGCUGACACACGACGUAGACACUUUUUCCUCAUCGCGAUGUAUCUUAUCGUUAUCAUCCCAUCGAUAUAGCCCUCACGCUACUUAAGCACUUUAUAUUACGUAUUAUUAUUAUUAUCAUUACUAGUACUCUUGUUGUAAUUAUUUUUAAACUCUUGACAAAGUUGAAACAGCACGAGCGAAACGCCACAGGCAAGUCAAGAUAUUUUAUUUCCGCCGAGGUAUUAUUAUUUAUUAUGAGCACACACGCGGCAUUUCUCGAGAGCAAUUAUUUUUACUUCGUUCAAACGCGGUUUAUAUAUAUAUAUAUAUAUAUGCAUAUAUGAAGAAGAAAAAGAGUAUACGUACGCGCUAUUUUAUACUGGCCAAUGCAUCGAGCAGCUAACCGUUUUACUGUUAUAUAGCUAUUUUUAUCGUCGCACAUACUUCUUCUCUUAUCGAAUGACGUAUCCUUUACUUAACCGUCAUAGAGAAAGAAGAACGAAGAAAAAGAAGGGGGAGAGCGGUCUCUCACGGUAGAUGGACAUAUACAAUCUUUUUUCUCUUUUUUUUUCUUUUUUUUCUUUUUUAUAGUAACUUAACGUUCGCAAUCUUUUUGUAACCUUUUGGUAACUUGGUUGAGGAUUGAUUUGAUAUACGUGUACAUAGACUGUAGUUGUCUCUAACGAUCUAAUUGAUUAUUAACUUUGGAAAUUUGAUCGAGGAGGGAUGCGAGGGAGUUUUGGAUGCGUGAUGUUAGCGAUGCUGAUUACGAUAUACGUGUGUGCGUGGGUGCGUGCGUGCGCCUCCGCGUAAUUCAUAGGGUAAAGUGCGUGCUCGGAAUUGACUAUAAAGUUGCACUUUCGUGUACGGCGACGAACGCAAAAUUCCAGCAGCCGUCGAUGUAGAGCAGCAGUGAGAAUUGUAGGAAGAGUCCCGCGUGUCUUCCUUCGAUUCGGUGUGCGAUGUAUGCAUGCGUAUGUAAAUAUAUGUAAGCGUGUGUAUCGAAAGAAAGAGAAAGAGAGAGCUAUUUAAUAUCCGCGGGUUGCUUGACGCUCAGAGACCUCAUCGUUCGGACGAACAAAAUGAAGAAAAAAAGUGGCUCAAGAGAGAAAAAAGAGAAUCGUUUAUUAUGUAAUUUUCUUUUUCGCGGAAAUGUUUUCACACACAACAUACUACACAUAUAUAC